CGCACCUUUAGGCUGGUCACGGACCACCGGAAGCAGCAGAAACCGGAAGCUGCUAGCAGAGCUAGCUUGUUGUUGUUGUGGUGUGUGAGGAGAAGAUUUGAGGCUCUGCAGUAAAAAUGUCUUCACUUCAGUCUCUGGGAGAGUUGAUCAGCUAAAGCGACUAACUGCUGCUGCUGCAGAAAUCUUCUCACCAGGCUGUGGAAACUUUCUUCUCCUCCUCAACAACUUGGUGGAGUUCUUUCCAGAAGCAGAGAAGCUAUUCUGCGGUCUUCGUGACAAUCGGAGCUCCAGAAGCAGGUGAUGGAUUGAAGAGGUUCCCUCUAUCAGACUCGCUCAUCUGAGUUGGUCAUGAUGCAGGAUCGCUGCUCGCUCUCUCAUCCAUCCUGCUCACACUCUCCGACGGAAAAGGCCCGAAUCUGAAUGUGACUCUGGAGGAAAAAGCGGUUAGCUCUACUCCGUGAACUCUGCUGUUAGCUAAACACGGCUAAAGAAAACCUGCUACCACUUCAGGAUCAUCCAUCAGCUGGGACUGCUUCAUCAGCAUGGACACAGAUGUUAAAGAGGUGGUGCCAGUUAAAGAAGAAGCUCCUGAAGAACAGAGUGCUAGUGUGGACCAGCAGGACUCGGAACACCUCCACAUCAAGGAGGAACAGGAAGUACUUCGGGCCAGUGUGGAGGAAGAGCAUCUCCGUUUGAAAGAGGAGACUGAUGCUUCCAGGUUUCCUUUAACUGCAGUUUCUAUAAAGAGUGAGGAUGAAGAAGAGAAACCUCUUUCCUCACAACUUCAUCAGCAGCAAAUAGAAGACAAAGAUUUUCUAACCAGCUGCUCAGCUGAUCAGUUGACAGUGGAAACUUGCAGGAGCCCAGAUCUGAACCUUCACAAACAGACAUCCAAUUCGUCAGAGACUGAAGUUAGUGGAGAGGAUGAUGUGAAUCUAGACUCUGAGCUGUCAGACUCUGGGCCUGAAACUGCAGAUGGAGACAAUGAGAGCAGGUCUGAGUCACAUGUUAACACUGUUAACAAAUCCUUUAGCUGCCCUGAGUGUGGUAAACAAUUUCUCCACAAGUGGUCUCUACGGAAACAUGUGAGAGUGUCAGGUCAUUCAGCAGUAAGGCCGCCAGGCUGUUUGGGUAAAAAGAAAUGUGUCAGAGUGGAUCAACAUGAAGACUCAUGCAGGAAACUCCAGAAAGAACUAAAAUCAUUUAGUUGUGGUGACUGUGGAAAAAGAUUUAGCACAAUAUCACUUUUAAACAGACACGUGAAAGUCCACACAGGACAGAAGCCUUUUCCUUGUGAGCUCUGUGGAAAAGGAUUUAGCCAAAAGACACAUUUAAACGGUCACAUGGGACUCCACACAGGACAGAAGCCCUUUGCCUGCGAGCUAUGUGGAAAAAGAUUUAGCACAAAAUCACUUUUAAACAGACACGUACAAGUCCACACAGGACAGAAGCCUUUUACCUGUGAACUAUGUGGUAAAAUAUUUAGACUAAAGGGAACUUUAAGCAGACAUAUGCAUGUCCACACAGGACAGAAGCCUUUUGCCUGUGAGCUCUGUGGAAAAAGAUUUAACCAAAAGACAAAUUUAAACAGUCACAUGAGUGUCCACACAGGACAGAAGCCUUUUGCAUGUGAACUUUGUGGAAAGAGAUUUAGCCAAAAGAUAUACCUAAACAGUCACACAAGAGUCCACACAGAAUCGAAGCCUUUUGCCUGUGAGCUCUGUGGUCAAAGAUUUAAGCUUAAGACAACGUUAAACACUCACAUAAUAGCCCACACAGGACAGAAGCCUUUUGCUUGUGAGCUCUGUGGAAAAAGAUUUAGCCAAAAGACAAAUUUAAACAGUCACAUGAGAGUCCACACAGGACAGAAGCCUUUUCCCUGUGAGGUCUGUGGAAAAAGAUUUAGCCAAAAGGCAACUUUAAACAGACACAUGAGUAUCCACUCAGGUCAGAAGCCUUUUCCCUGUGAGGUCUGUGGAAAAAGAUUUAGCCAAAAGGCAACUUUAAAAAGACACAUGAGUGUCCACUCAGGUCACAAGUAACUCAUUUAACAGUGUGGUUGACUGAAAAAACUAUUUUUAAUGAAUCCAUGCUUUCGUUCUUUUUAAAAACAGAAACAGUUUUGUAUACCUGUUUUGUAGCUACCGUUUCGCCGACGGCUGCCGGCUUCUUCAGGCUGACGCUGAUGGUGGCGCGUCACUUCCUUCUCCGUUUAUCGUCAGCCUGAAGAAGCCGGCAGCCGUGGGCGAAACUGUAGCUACAAAACAGGUAAACAAAACUGUUUCUGUGUUUAAAAAGAACGAAAGCAUGGAUUUAGAAAGACACAGCAAGAACACACCUAAGCUAUUUUUAAUGAGUAUUUCUGAUCAUAAUUGUUACUUUAUACAGGCUGAAGAUGAAAAUAGUCUCCUACACCUAAAUGUUAAAAUGCACGAGAAUGUUUUUUAUGUUUAACACUGCGGUUUCUGUGAAUUAUCUGAGAGCCAUAUGCAGUCAUCAAAAGAGCCACAUACGGCUCACGAGCCAUAGGUUCCCUACCCCUGCUCUAGGGUUUGAAAUUCCUUACAGAUCUAUGUCACUGUGAUCUCAUGGAAUUCAUGGAUUCACCGAUCUUGUUUUUUGGGUGAACAGGUUUUUUUAACUCAUUCACUGCAGCCGUUUCCUGAUCAGAAAAGACUUUCGCUGCCAGCAUUUUUCAGCAUUUUUACUGUGCUUUUAAGAGUCACAGAAUGUUGCGUGCUAGGAUGAUGUCAACACCAAAACUACCAAAACAAAGAGGAGACUCACCUCUUACAUCAAAAAGAAUCCCCGCGUUUCGAGCAUUAUCCGUUCUUUCAUAACCCGCUGUCGAAUUGUGAUCGGCAGAAGCUUUUCCGGUUCGCAACUCACUUUUAUUUUUUUACAGCAGUGGCCCAACACAUGGAUUUUCUACUUCCUGAUCAAUUUACGUGUGACGCACGCGGGUGAAGUUUGGCAUUAGAGCUGGGAUGUUUGUUCUCAUGGAGCGGGGGCUCGUUCCGACACCCACACAGUAAAAAAUGCAAAUGACGAUUUGUUAGAUUUAAAAUGACGACUUUUGUCAUCAAUGGCAGUGAAUGGGUUAAUUGUCAAAUAUGUCUCAGCUAGUUUAAGUUAACCGUUAGCAUUAGCAACUUCAUGACACGACAGAUGGUCCUCAUGGCUUGUGUAAAUUGUGAUGAUAAAAUCCACGUUGCAAGACAGUGGUAGAUAGAGAUGGGUACCUUUGGCAUUUGAAUCGAUAUGACACCAGUUCCCGGUACCUACGAAUCGAUACUGGUACUUAAUGGUACCAAUUUUCAAUACUUUUGAGUGUUUAAUAAUUAUUUAAAUUGCUUUUUAAAAUAAAUUUAUUUUAUUUUCCCAAUAUAUAACCAUAUUUGAUAAAUAUCAUGAUAAAUAACAUACAACUGUUUGUAUUUUAUCAUUGCAGUGUUUUACAAAAGUAUUCAAUAUGAAAACCUUUAACAACUUUUUCUAAAUGACGCAAAAACAAACACAGCUCCAUGUACUCCUGUUCCUCUUCUAUGCCCUCUGAAAUAAAUUUACUGUGUAUCUUCA